AUGGAAAAAGAAAAAGAAGCAAGAGUUGAGGUUAAAGUUAACUUCCUCUCAAUCGAUCGUGGUACGGGAGCACCGAUAGUCGUCCUGAAGGAAAAAGAGGGUGAUUCAAAUCGGAUAUUGCUGAUUUGGAUCGGCGAAUCGGAGGCAGCGGCUAUCCAGAUGCAUAUUGAGAAAAUGCAACUCCCGCGACCGAUGACACACGACUUGCUCAAAAGUAUGAUUGAAACGCUUGGGGCUAAAGUUACAGCGGUGUGUGUACACUCUUUCGAAGAACGGACUUUCUAUGCACAUGUGACAUUGGAAGUGAACGGGGACAAUAUUGACGUGGAUUGCCGUCCGAGUGAUGCAAUCGCGAUUGCACUUCGCUGCGAAGCCCCCAUCUAUAUUGUUGAAGAGGUGCUUGCAGAGCAGGGAUACUCUGAACAGGAACUCGACAAGGGACAAAAACCUGACACCAAAGAUGUCUUGCAGAAUUUAGAUGACGACACGCUAAAGCAGUAUACCGUCUAA